GUCUCACUGAGCGUGACGUCACGACGGUACAUACCACUCCACAAUACAGAGAGGGACCGCAAAGCAAUCCACCUUUUAUAGUGGGUACAUUUUGGAACUGUAAGUAAACAACAGUGUGUAAAACGGUUCAAAAUACGUAGAAAUGUCACAGGAUCUUAGUAAAUGAUCAAGAAUGGUGAAAAAAUGCUGAUAAAUCCUCAAGUGCGCCAAACUAAUCCCCACAUCCCUCCGAGCAAAUGGCGGAUGUGAGAAGAGAGGCGCCACAUCUGAACUCGUCGGAAAACAAACACGCUCGCUUGACUUGCUUCGCAAAACCGCCGACAGCCGCAAAUCAAUCGACAAGGUCCAAAGUUUCACCAUGGCCGCAAAGAAAAAGCGGACGCCCAACGUGCAGAACGACAGCUGGGUCGUCAUUGCUGCAGGUUCCGUCAUAGACGAACAGAGGAAAGACAGUGAGCCGACUUUUGUGAGACUGCGGAACCCAGCUACAGACGCCGCCUCCCUGUACAUGCUGAGCAGCGGCAGUGACGACGGCGACUUGCGGCUUUACGAGGUCAAAGCCUUCGAAGAAGACUUCCGCUCUUGGUUCGUUGGCCAAAAAGUCCAUAGAGAUGGGAGGCUUCUUUUUGUCACACCAAUGGAUCCCCUUUUUCUCAUUUUGCCCUACUUGAUCAAAUCUGGAAAAGAAGACAAGUUCCAACCGGCAGCUCAAAUGGUGAUGGAUGAAGAGUUCCCGGCAUGCAGCAGGCUGCUGAGCUGCACGCGUUCGUUGUCCUCCAUGUAUCACAUCGCUGAUGAAAAAGAGGUGGGAAGCCUCAAGUUUCACCGAUACAGUCAAGAAAAAACAAUGGCCUGGUUAAAGAAGAAGGUGGAAAAAACAGCACUCGUGCUCAGGAAGAAGAACAUCUCUGUCGGGGAGGGAGUUAAAUCCUCCACGUAUGUCCGAGCCAAGACGGAGUCGGACUCAAGCGAGGAGGACUAUCUUUCCUACGCCCACGGUCUAAUAUCGGACUACAUCAGAAAAGAUAUGAGCGGGGACCUCCGUCAACACCUGCGGUUACCAGAGAUCACAAGUCCAAAGGAGAGCGAACCACCUUUAAAGAAGCGGAAACUUUCCGACAAGCCGGUGGAGCCGGGAGAAGACUAUACAAAAUUCAACAGCGGGGACUUUGCUCGCAAACCCCCCAAGAAGAUGACGGCCGCGCAGAAGAGCCUGGCAAAGGUGGACAAGAGCGGCAUGAAGACAAUGUCGUCCUUUUUCAGCCCCAAAGUGAAAGCGGAAAAGAAGUGAUGGUUUGUCCACUUUGUGCUCGCUUGUGUACACGCCGCCUUUUUGUAAUAAAGCAAAGAAAAACA